CCGUGUAAUCUAACCGAGAUUAAGUUACUGCCUGUGUCAACCGAGUUAUUUUCGGGUGGGGUAAAUAUCAGUGAAUAUUUAGCUUUUAUAUUUAGAUAAAACGUUUAUGAAUAGAUAAAUGCAGUGUGGAGUACUGUAAUGGAUUUAAACAUUUUGAAAAGAUUGUAAUGUAGCUAUGUAAGAAGAUGGCUCGUGCACAAUCUCCCGGAGAUUUACGGGACUACUUUCAGGAGUUUGAGGACAUCAGGAGCAGUAAGAGGCAUGACGAAGAUGAUGAGGACGGGGCUAAAACUCCCGACGAAGGAGAGCAGGAAGCAGAAUGGUUACAAGAAGCUGGGUAUGGAUUCAUUGUUUCCAAGUAUCAAGCCGGUAAGGAGUUUUCUGAGGAUGAGAUCAACAAGUUCACAGAAUCCAUGCCUAGCAACCAUGCUGCCGUGGUUAAAAGACGUGUAGAUACUCUAAAUGCUACACUGAGAAAGAAACAAAAAUACACAACAAAAAUAGAUGUCAGGAACAUAUUCCCAGAACAGCUACCAGGGGGCAGAACUGUUAUUCAUAGCCAACCUUUAGAAGGCGAAGAAGAGGGUACUAGACAGUUGGCUAGGAGGCCUGCAACCCUUCCCCGGGGUAUCAAAUUUGGCUCCUAUAAUGGUGACAGCAGUCUGUGGACACGUCAGAGGAACAAAAAACAGCUUGGUUUGAAAUAUAUAGACCCAUCACAAUCUCAGUGGAAAAAUACCAAUUCAGAUUAUAAUCAAGGUCAAGGCCAAUGGAAAAAUACUGAUCUUGAACAAUAUGAAGGCCAAAGCCAGCAGAAAACUACUUACUCUGGGUUUAAAAAUAGAAGUCAUCACUCAGAAACUGAAUGCAAUUUAGAAGAGGAAGAUAAAGUAGAAGUUAAACAAUCUGAAUUUUUCAAAGAAAACCAGCAUUAUUCUGAAGGUGAUAAACAGGGUUGUCAGUUAAAGUUUGGCCAUUUGCAAAGGUCAGACAGUAAAGAUUCUUUAAGUUCAUUGAACAGCCUUCAGAGGUCAAGAAGUUCAUCUUGCGACACACUUGACUCUGUGGAUUCAGGAUUGGCUUCCUCUGAGUCUUUACUAAACCCUGAACAUUCAAGUUCUCAUGAUUCUUUAGACACUGUAGACUCUGCCUCAUGUUUCCCGCGUAAAAUUCCGUUUAGACAUAAACUAGGUCACAUGUCCCCCAAUGGCAGCCCAGGAAGUUCGUAUUCACCAAUCACUGAAACAGCGAGUCCCUUAGAGAGUUCAGGGGAGUGUGAAAGGACAGCCACUCUGCUCUCGUAUAGAAAACGUCAGAACUCUGUAUCGGAGAUUUCACCAAGGAGCCCCACAACCAAUAAAUAUAUCAACCACAUUAUAAUAGAGACCCCAAAGAGUCCAAUAUCUCCGCGAAGUGAAACUGUCCACCCAGAGUGGAGCAGAAACAAGGGAGGUAAAGGGUCAUUCAUGAAGAACAAGGGAGGUUACUCUAUGUCUGGAAUGUCAGAGGAAGUGCAUGAUAAUGUACAGCAAGGUGUGGAGAUGCUGAGUUUACAGCAGAAAGGAACGGUACAGAAACGCUGGAGCCAGUUAUCUCCCAUAUCAGACACUGAUAUAACGUUUGACUUCAAGUUGGAGGAGAACGGUGGAGAUCUAUCUCCACAUGGUAACAAUACAGUGAUGAGCCAAGUGAACGCCUUUGAUCUACCUAAUUUUACUCUAGUACCAGACAAGUUAGGUUUAACGUGUAUAGAUGACAUCAGCGAGAUGGACGUCACCUACGUUAGAAAUAAUGCUUUACUUGAACUUACCUCCAUGUAUGAUACACAUAAUAUAAACUAUAGUCGUAGACGCACAAAGAAAAGGCACAAAGAGCAUGGUAUAUUUGGGGUCCCUCUAGUAACCUUGUUAGAGCAGGACCAGAAAUUAAAACCUAAUGCCAGAAUACCACUUGUGUUUCAAGAAAUCGUGUCAUAUUUAGUCAAAUUUUGUUUGGAUACAGAAGGCAUACUACGAGUACCUGGCUCUACUAGUCGUAUUAAGCAACUGAGGCAGGAGUUUGAGGAAAGGUUUUAUCAGGGCACAUUUAUAUGGGGUGAUGAUCUAACACCAAAUGACGUGGCAGCACUAUUAAAACAGUUCCUGAGAGAUCUGCCUGUUCCAUUACUUACCGACGAAUAUAUUGAAGCAUUUGCUCAAGUUGAAAACUUGCCGGACAAGAAACAACAGUUACAUGCUUUGAAUCUCCUUAUUCUACUAUUACCUACUGUACAUAGAGACACACUUAAUGUAUUACUGGAGUUCCUGGAAAGAGUGAUAGAACAAAAGGACACCAAUAAAAUGAGUUUAAACAAUGUAGCCAUGAUAAUGGCACCUAAUUUAUUCAUGGCACCUAAAGUACGGGGCUCUAAUCCUGCCAAGAACAAGGCAGUUUGGGAUAUUGAAAUCAAAAUGGCAGCUAAUACCUCUAAUAUUAUGAAGAUGUUGAUACGCUAUAGGGGUAUAUUGUGGACAGUUCCCACCUACCUCAUGUCCUUGGUAAGAAGAACGUAUGAACUUGAAACUCUUCGUAAAAACAAGGAUAAUAAAAGCAAAAUGAAGGGUUUGUUAUCAAAGAAAGACAAGAGUGAAGUAUACAAAAAACCAGCAUUAAAACAUGAGGCAGACUUUCAGGAUGGUGUGAUACGGAUUCAAGCUCCUAACCUGACCAAGAGCAGUACUGCUCUACAGCUGGACAACAAUAUGACAGCAGGAGAUGUUGUAGCCAAGUUCAAGGUCAUUCAGGGUUCAGCAAAUGCUGGAAAUGAAAACUCUGAUGUCGGGAAAACACAACAUGGACCUAUCUACAAUGAUCCGAGAAAUUACCAGUCCGCUGGGGAUGACACGUUCCUGUUUGAAGUGGGCGGCAACAUUGGUGAACGCUGUUUACCACACAACACAAAUAUGUUAACACUGUAUAAAGUGAAUCCUAAUGCAGAAUGGAUAAUAAAGCGUCGAGAAAGAUUUAAAAUUACAUAGCGAUUCCAGCAAAAAUCAUUUUAUAUAGUUUGGUUAUCGAGCAGUGGAACAGUUUUCACUCCAUAGAAAUUAAAGAUGGCAGUUACAAAACAGUACUAAGUACUACAAUGUGAUAAUUCUAUAGAAAUACUAGAUGCUAAUUGGCAUUUAAUUGAGUUGUGAUGUACGUACUGAGUGACUUUUUACGCACAAUUACGAUUGUGCAGUAUUUUUUACGUCUGUGAUCUGACAAUCUAAGGAAAUCCUACAAUCAUAUGAGAGACAGUCAGAGAACUACAAAUUUGAUCAGAUAUUUUUACAUUUGAAGAAAUAAACACUUGCCCCUUACCACUUUUGGUUCAAAUCUCACCAGCAACUUUGAAUUUUUUCAUGACGUUGGAAGCUAUCCAGCUAAAUGUUAAUAAAGACAAAACACUUCUUUCCGUUAAAGGCAAAAAAUAGUUCUUAUACAAGGUGAAAGCCAGUUAUCAAUAAACAAAGGGAAAAGACACUGGUCAAUAAAGGCAAAACAUACCUUUCUUAUAAAGGCAAAAGCCACUUGUCAUUAAAGGUUAUAUUGUCCAGUCUUGUCUUUUAAAAGAUGUAGACCACACUAUUUGCUCAAAAGGGAAUGUACCUACAUAUUGCUUUCAUACAGGAAUUUUAGAAUUAUUAUUUUUCAAAAUUCAAACAAAAUUUUACAAACUUUAAGCAUUGGAAAUACGAAUUAUACAUUUUAUUAUUUAGGACCCGAAAACUGACUGCUAUAAUGUUAUUUAAAUCUGUAUAGACCAGUUGAAUGUUGUAUUUCCAGAGGUUGGUUAAAGCAACAACCAUAAUUCAUACUAUAUUGUGUAGGAAGCUAUAUAUAUAUAAACAUCAUUUCUGGACCCAACCAGUAUUGAAAAAAUCUGCUUAAGAAAACAAUGGCUAGCCCAGAAUUUGAAUCUACAUGGCCAAGAGUGAAAUUAUUAUUCUGAUUGUGUAUAGCAUUCAACCUGGGACAUACGAUAAGUUAUCGUAUAUCCCAGAUUCAACCUGUGAUGAAUUGCACACUUGCCUGAGGUAUAUUUUAAAUGUGUUCCCUCAUACAAGCAUGAUUGAGUUUAUCGUGAUUUGACUUUUGAUUGAUUUUUAUACAUGUAGUCUUAGAUUUUCUGUUUCAAAUCUAAAUAUUACCUUUUUACUGUGAAAAUCUUGAUGUGUUUUGUAUUAUUGUGAAAUUGUUACUUCAAAAAUGGUCGACCAUUUUAAACAUAAAAAAAAAAUGUGAAUGUUCUUACAACAUAUAAAAUUCUUUCUUUCGCACAUAUUUAUUUUCAGCUUUUUAACAGCGCAUUAUUAGAAAUAUUGUGUAUUUGCUGAUUUUUAUGUCCCCCCCAUAAGAGAAUGUUGUAAUAGAUUUGCCCAUGUCCCUCUGUUAAGUUUUCGGUCUGUAAACUAUCAAAAAAAAAACAGGGAAAUGUUGUCCAGAGCAUCCAUGUCCCUUUGGCACAUUUCUAGUUCAUUUGUGUUUUUAAUUUCCCUGGCAUAAAUACAUAUACAUGUAUUAUAUAGGUCAAUGACUUUUCUAGUAAGUACAUAAUUAUUAUUACUUAAUGACACAUUUCAAAAUAUAAAAAUAAAUUGAUAAACAUUGUUAAUAAUAUAUUUUAUUCCUGCAUAAAUAAUUCCAAAAAAAAUUUAUAUUGAACAAAAUGAAUGAACUAUCCUGUUUUUUGUAUAGACAAAGUGUAUCAGUUCACGAUUUACAAUAAUCAAUAGUUAUUUAGCAGAAUAUAUGGGGAAAUUUAACAAAAUAAAUCUGGAUUUUGAAAAUUGAAAAUAAGAGGAUUUUGUAUUGAAGGGGAAAUAAUUCAUGAUUUUUGGGGAAUAAUAUUUUUGAUUUUGAAUUGUAAAGCUGGAUUUUUAGAGUGAAAUUUAAUACAUGACAUUGUCCGAGUUGAAAAUGAUUAUAUACAUGUAUUAUACAUGAUACUAAAACAACUUUUUUUUGUCAAUUCUGAAAAUGUUUAGUGAUAAGGUUUUAUAAAUUAAGUGGAAACCAACUGACAACAUUUGUAAUAAUAUCUUUAUUAAUUUGAUGUUCAGAAUUUGGUGUGUCCAAGGUUGCAUUUGGCAUGUGAUAGUUUUACUUUUUUCGAUUAUUAAUAAAUUUAAUCAUUGGAAAACAAAAUCAUCUGCCCUAUUUAAACCAGUAUCAAGUUAAAGUUUAAAUAUUUGUGUUCAUACUUAUGUAAUUGUUAGCUUUUUUAAAUUUUGCUAAAUUUAUCUUGUGUAUGAAUUUUGUUGUAAUACAUUAAUGCAUGCAACAUUGUCUACUAUGAUCUUAAAAUAACUUGCUUCUUGCCGCAAUUGUUUUGAAAAUUACCAGGGAUUUCAGAUUCUUCUACUUAUAGAAGCUUCCCAGCAAGCUUGCAAAAAAUUCAUUAGGUCUAACCUAAGGUGCAUGAAACAAUGCACGGGGCUUAUGUUUGAAAGUCCAAACUCUGCCCACUUCCUCCACAAAUAAAGCUGGAACUUCAACAGUGACGUUGCGACUUUAAACUUGACAAAUUGCUUGAUAAAGAUAAUGCAAUUAUAUAUAUAAAUAUUGCAUAAAUAUUAUAACAUAGCAUCAUGACACAUUUUGUGAGAGUGCUAUAUAUAGUUAUUUACCUUUGCCAAAUGAUACACAAACAAAUUACAAAUGUAUGUUGAAUAUAGGAUGAAUUUACAUUGAUUUAGCUAAAAGAAAUUCAACUUCUGCCAGAGGAAAAUUCCUACAAAGUGCUGUGUACAGUUUAAACUAGACUAGGUGCUUGCAAUUAGUUAGCUAUUCGACCAAUAUGCAUUAAAUUGUAAACACUAAGAAGGUCCAUGCGAACUUGGAUACAACUGUUAACGCUAGAACUUGGUUUUUCCAAGCUAAUACCCUGGUACUUUUACCGUUAUAAUUUUACGGUGCACUAGUACUGGGCCAACCUGUUGCGCUUUUUUUCAUAGCUGUAACCGUACAUUAGUGUGUUUAAUUUGUAACCCCCCUCCCCCCUGGAUUUGCUGUGGAAUACCUAAAAUAUUAAUUUCGGAGUAAGUUUAUUUGUAUUAAAUUGAAAACACUUGAGAGGUCCAGUAUGUAACUUUAUAUAUUGUGUUACUUUUCUUCAUUGUGUUAUUUAUAUUUGUUAAUCAUGUCUGUACUUUUGUAUUCAUUUAAAUAUAUACUUUUUCUAUUAUCAGAAUUUCUGUUGCAUGCUGUUUUUUUUUCUCAAAAAUAUGUAGAUUUUAUAUAAUUUUCAUGUUAUGUAUAUUACAUAGAUUAAUUAUGAAAUAUUUAUUGUUUAUUUCAUUUGUUGAAGAUUCAGAGAGUAAAAUAAGUAUAUUAUGAA